AUGGGUAUGAAUAAUCUCCCUAACUCGUCCGCCCAUCCAGCGCCUAUGACAUUUGACUGCGCCAACAGAAUCAAAAAGCCAAAGACCUUCAGAUACCCCUCGCUCAAGGGCACAGACCCCAAGUUCCGACGGAAUCACAAGCAUGCGCUGCACGGUACGAUGAAGGCGCUGAAGGAGGUCAAGGAGGGAAAGCGGGAUGCUGCAUAG